GUCAUUGAAGUGCAGUCUUCCUCCUCCUCCUCCAUCCAACGAAGGAGGAUACACACAAACACACAUAGGAGUUGUGCUACUUACUCCCGGCCAGCCGUGCUGUGUGUCGCCGCUUGAUGAGGUGACCGAUGCAUCGGGAGUAGCCGUCAAAAGCGGGGACAUCCCCGGUUUGUUCUACUGAGGUGAGCAUGAGUAUGGAGGAUUAUGACUACCUGUUCAAAAUCGUUCUCAUCGGGAACGCCGGAGUUGGGAAGACAUGCCUCGUACGCCGCUUCACUCAGGGCCUUUUUCCACCUGGCCAGGGGGCUACGAUCGGGGUGGAUUUCAUGAUUAAGACGGUGGAGAUCAAGGGGCAGAAAGUGAAGCUGCAGAUAUGGGACACUGCGGGCCAGGAGAGGUUCCGCUCCAUCACUCAGAGUUAUUACCGCAGUGCCAACGCCCUCAUUCUUACCUACGACAUCACCUGCGAGGACUCCUUCCGGUGCCUUCCCGAGUGGCUGCGGGAGAUCGAGCAGUACGCCAACAACCAGGUGGUGACCAUAUUAGUCGGUAACAAGAUCGACCUGGCCGAGAAGCGGGAGGUGGCGCGCCAGCGGGCCGAGGACUUCGCCGAGGCGCAGAGCAUGCUGUACCUGGAGACCUCGGCCAAGGAGUCGGACAACGUGGAGAAGCUCUUCCUGGACCUGGCCUGCCAGCUCAUCCGCGAGUCCAAGCACAACAAGCUGGACAACAAUGACGCUGCCCCCGUGCCCGGCGAGGGCAAGACCAUCAGCUACCUGAGCUGCUGCAGCCUCAACUAGACAUGGCUCCGUUUCCCGCCGUCGUCGUGGCGACAAGUCAUGCCCAAGUCUCAGUAUUCACCAGCAGUGUUAUGCUAAACGCUCCGUCGGCCGGGUUGGAUUUUGUUGCCGUUUACAUUAGAGAAUGUGUGUGUGUUUUUUCCCCUUAAUAUGUUGCACAAUUGUCUUUCUGUAAAAGAAAGCUCUUUGAACAUAUAUUCCAUAUCCUUGAUAGCCAGUUUAGGGUCCCAUGUACGCAUAUGCGCUUCGUCCUCCCUUGUUAUGAUAAUUUAGCACACUCGUAGAAGGACUGUCGUACUAUUAUACUUGGCAUACUAGUACAAUUACUAGUGAGGCAAAACUGUACUAGUUGAUAUCACGCACUACUAGUACAGUGGACCCCCGCAUACUCUCAGUUCGACCUCAAUCUGCGGAUUUGUUUUCCAAUUCUUUUUCCUAUUCCUUCUUUUUUUUAUAUAUUUCUUUUUUCUUUUUGUUGUUUUUUUUCCUUGUUUUUCAAACCGGAAAACACUUAGUGGUACUUUUGGGGUUAAAACAAAUAUUUUCUUCUUUUCUUCCUUCUCUCAGUGCAAUUGUAAUGGCCGUCAAUUCUCUGCAGAUUUUUGCUAUUCGCGGGAUAUAGGGACCAGGCCGGACCCUGAAUAGUGAAAACUGGUAGUACUACCUACCACUCAAAAUCUUCGAUAUCCAACUUAAGGUCCAUGUACUAGUAUGCUCCUUUUCCUCCCUACUAAGACAAUUCAGCAGACUAGUAGAACAACUAGGGUGUCUUGCUACUAGUGUGUGUAGUUGUUUUUCUAGCCAGGAUAAAUAGUAUACUCGUACUUUGACCUGAAGCUGGAUAUUGAAUAAAUGGGUACUAAUACGUUCUUUGUCCUUACCAGUAAGACAAUUCAGCGCAAUAGUUUAAUGGCAGGAUAUCAAGCAUAUGGAAUAAAUGUCCAAGCGGCUUUCCAUACGCCCUUGCUCCUCGACAAACUGUGAAAUAUUUUGCCUCCUACUUGCUGCUACAGUAGGGUUUCAGCCACCGUAAAUCAGCAUUUGAUUCCAUUUAUUAUUAUUAUUUUUUCCCAUUUCGUUUUUAGCCGUACUCUAGCUCUGGAAGGUUUUAACGGACUAAUAUUUAAUUUUACAUUUCUUUUUUCUUUUUUUUUUUUUUUUGUUGCCUCCGUAGCCACAUAAUUGUAACAUGGCCGGCCUCCUGUCGUGUAAUUUGUGUAUAGUUGUGUUUCAUUCAUAAGCUUGCCAGCAUGUUUUAUGCCAUAACAGCGAUUUAGUGCUCAUGUAUUCAUCAGAACUGUAACGUACUGUAUUGCACACACAUGCCGUAUAACUGCACUCCUAUUUUUUUUUUUUUUUGCUGUAACAUUUGUUGUUGUACAAAUUUAGCACUUUGCUUUUAUACUUGACAUGUUUUUAUUUUGCAGUUACUUAUUUUUAAUCCAAUGGAUGUGUGGUUAACACUACGGGGAGGUUUUUGUGUAUAAAAUAUACUCUAAAUUACUCUGAAUAAUAAUAAAUAAUCUGACUGACGGUG